UUAUCAAACCAGGAUCAGUUUCUCUUCAUCAGUGAGGUGCUUCAAAUGUUAUAUUAUAUAUUGACAGCAUCAGUAUGUCUUACGUUAUUGAAAAUAACAUUAUCAAAACUGAGCCCGUCGAGUUUGAUUUCGCAGCGUUAGGAGGUAUGGGAAAUAUAAUUUUUAAGGCUAUGAAGAAAUAUCGACAAAAUAUUGCUCUGAUUAAUCCAGACGACGGCAGGCAGAACACCUACGAAUAUAUCCUACAAAAUGCAAUUCGAACAGCAAUAGCGAUGAAGCAGAAAGGGAUAAAAUCCAGAGACAUAGUGAUGGGGUCUUCUGAUAACCACUUGGAUGCUUGCGUUCCCAUCCUUGCCGCUUUAUUCUUAGGCGCUAUACCAUGCCCCAUGGAUCCCUGUAUAGCACCUACGGAGGUGAUACAUAUUAUCGACCAAGUGAAACCAAAACUGAUUUUCACCAUACCUUCAUCUUUGAAACUCAUCAAGGAAGCUUGCCAUGAGCUUAAUGUGGAUAUUGAGAUAGUUGUCUUUGGGUCUCCAGAAUUCCGAUUCUUCACAGAACGACAAAAUGGCGAGGAUGGAUUCGAACCAGUCAUCUCACAAGAUCCAAAGGAAACAGCUGUCAUCUACUUUUCAAGUGGAACGACAGGUUUAGCAAAAGCUUGUUGCUUAAGCCACGCUUAUUUUAUCAAACAAUCCAGUUUGGUUCCUAGCGAUAUUGCCGAAGAGAAUUUGGACCUGGAGAGGAGAAAUUUCGAAUGGUUGAAGUUUAAGAAUGACGGUACGUUUCUGUCGUACUGCCCCCUGUACUGGCUAACAGCGGGUAAAAUUAUCUUCGAAAUGUUUAUAGUAGGAGGUACGUGUGUCCUUGGAAAGAAGUUUGACUCCGACCAGUUUUGGCAUAUAGUCGAUAAAUUUAGGGUAUGUUUAGUCAUGCUUUCUCCUUUCGCCAUAUCAGAAUUGGCCAAAUACGGUAAACCUCCCAACUUCAACGCGGACAGUUUGGUAAAGAUUCUUACAGGUGGGGCUGUUUCCCAAACAAAGUACUGGAAGCUACUUCAGGACAUUCUGCCGGAUAUAGAUAUCCUUCAAAAUUACGGGUUGACAGAAACCGGGGUAAUUGCUUAUUAUGAGGCCUACAAUAAAGUCCAUAGGGAACAUUACAUGACACACCCUGAAAGUAUUGGUUUUCCAGUUCGAGGGGUUUGGUAUAAGGUCGUAGAUCCGCAAACAGAAAAAGUCCUCGGACCAAACCAAGAGGGAGAACUAUAUGUGAAGUCAGAGUUCUUCACAAAUGGCUAUUACAAUCAACCCUACGACGACGUUUUCGACACGGACGGUUGGUUCAGAACUGGCGACGUGGUGUACUACACUGACAAUUGUGCAUUGUACUUUACCAACCGAUUGAAGGAACUGAUGAAGUACAGGCAAUUGACGGUCUACCCCUACGUCUUGGAAAAAGAAUUGCUGAAGCAUCCGGCAGUUGCUCAAGCUGCUGUCCUAGGAAUUCCGCACGAGGACGAUGGUGACCACCCAGCUGCUUUCGUGGUUUUGAAAAGUGAUUCUGGGAAUGUGAAGGCGGAGGAGAUUAGGAAGUUUGUUGAUGAGAGGGUCCAGGACAAGGCGAAGCUAAGGGGUGGGGUUAGAGUUGUGGAUAGUUUUCCUACUACCUCCACAGGAAAACUGAAAAGAGUACAAUUAAGGAAAAUGGUAUUGGAGGAGUAGAAAUAUACAAGUGAAAUGGCGAGAUUUAUUUAUCUACUACAUUCUACAAGAACUAGUUUGUUACUGUUAUAAUUAUUUAUGUUUUUAUUUGCUUACAUAUUUUUAUUGUACUUGUUAUGUCGGUUUUAAUCCAAUUUGGCAAUUGUACAAUUGUUGUAUGUAUCUUUGUUUGGUUUUGGUUUGGUUGUUAGCCCAUUGGAUAAUAACUAAAUAAAUAAAUUAUUAUAAAUUAGUGUUCU